GAUCAACGCAAUGUGCACAAAUGCCUUAACUGGCUUGCCAACGUGAGCUGUUGGGUCAAUCUUCUGAGUAGGCUCGGAGCCAUCUGCACUUGUAUUCGGAUUGUGGGAUUGAUUGGGGGCCCCCUAGGUCAAGCUAACAGCAUGAGGCUGCGCUCUAUCCCUUGGCUCCCUCUUUCGUGGAUUCGUCCCCCCCUCUGUGCAUUCGCCUCAUUUGGUGCUGUUCAAAGCGGUUUUAACUGGACUCAUGAGAUAGCGAUGUGGAUGCAUGAUUGCCAUGAGUGUUCUUCUGCCAGGGAGGGAGGUCUGCACUCUUGGAUGCGACAUCUUACGGACGCUCACGUGAUUCCAACCGAAUGGCCGAGUCAACGCGCUGCCAAGUUGACCGGGAGUUCCUCUGCCAAACCCUACACGACGAUUACAGAGUCGAAGAAGAAGCGUCGCAAGGAUUGCAUACCCCGUCCUCUCAAUAGCUUCAUGGUAGGCAGUCGUUUUUUUCCAUACUACUUCCACUUGUAUUUUCGCAUAAGUAGUACCGUAUCUGCUGCCAUCAUUUCGUUUUCCCAUUUUUUGCGCCAACUUAAAAUGCAUGUGGCCGUACUUCGAGGGUUGCCACCACUCCAUGUUUAUUCUCGUCUGCCCCCACGCAAUAUCGUCCACCGGCGUGCCAUCCCAUGGCUUUGCCGAUUACUUAAUGUACCAAGUCCACUGUCAGAUACUGGGAAUCAUGACAACUACUAUGGCAGACGACUUCAGACUAGGUUUCGUUUCGAAGCCUACCCAUCACCUUUGCUCUCAAUCCUCUGUCGCCAAGUCGUUGACCCAAAAUACCAUCUUUCCGACGACCCAGUUUCCCCGACCUUGAUCAAGAGACUCUGUAUGGUCUGCAGGCACACUUACAAGUAUACAUUCGAAGAAGAAAGGACUUCUUAUGACUCAUCCCUGCUGCCACACUCUCACAUUCUCUCUAUCUUUCGAGCCAUCGCCCUGAUCAGCUCCAGCCUUUUUCACCCUUUUUGUCGCAUUGUCCACAGCCGGUUACAACGCCGGCAGAUCUUAUUUGGGCCCAAUGUUAGCGGCAUUGGUACCGCCUUUCAGUGA